AUGGUUGCUUCAAUGCCAUUGCAUAUGCAACUCAUGCCAAUGCAUGUGCAAGCAUUUCCGGGACCCAUGCAACCGGAAUUGAAUAUGCAGCAAAUGUUCGAUCUACAAGGACUUCGAUUUAACCCAUAUAUCAUGCCUCAACCACAACCCAAACCUCUCAUCAUCCUGCUACCGAAGGAUAACCAGCAGAAAAAACUCGGACUCAAAAAGGUAGAUGGAGAUAACGAAGAUUCAGUAAUCAUAGACGCACCGGAAGAACCAAAGCGAGCAAUAGUUAUGCUACCAAAUGGAAGAUUUUCCAUUGGAGAUUUUAUUUCUUCCAUACCCUGGCUUCCGAUAGAAGUGAACGUACCAGACACUAUAUCCUGGGCGUACAAUGGUAUAGCUAGUGGAAUAGCAGGUAUUAUAUCAAUAAUUGGGCAACGAUUACCGUUUCAACAUGGAAAUGCACAAAAUUUGAGAACAGUGAUCAAUGACUUGAAUCUCAAAACUGAUGUAAACCCAAUAGUUCUGCCGUACAAUACACAAAUAAUGCAUCUUCCCAUUGAAGUGUAA